AUGCAUGGGGUUAACCAAACCACCAGGUCCGCGGCCGCUGACGAGGAUGGCGCCGAUCACAUCGGUUUCGAUACUCCUCGAUCUGGUGUAGCUACUCCUCAACCCGAUCUACAGGACAAACGCUUGCCCGGCAUCAUGAGCUACUUCGGCCAGGUUCGUCAACGCCCUUCUAGUACAACCAGUCACAGUCUGUCUUCGUCCAAGCCCAAUCGUUCUUCCCAGAGCGCUGUCACUCUAGACCGAAAGCAAAGCCAGCCCACUCCACCAACCGACCUGCAGUUGCAGGCGCACACCGAAAGCUCUUCUCGCGAGUGUGCCUCUUUGGCUUCAGAUCGUUUGCUUCUUCAACAUGAGCCUCUCGGUCUCGAGCCAAGAAGCAAGGAGCGGGAUGAGCCCAAACUUUCCAACCCCUACCCAUCCCCACCCACUUCUCAGCCCUCAUCUUCUGGGGGCUCUAUUUCCCAGGAUAUGAUUUUUGCAGCCCCAGAUUCAGGGGCCGACGGCAAAGCCGCUGCCGCUGCAAAGUCUUUAACACAGUCGCAAACCAAGAAAUCUGCAGCAUCCCUCUUCACCACUACCCAUUACCAACCCUCCAAUGACCCAUUGCCCCCUAAGCUCGACUCCAACCACGCAGCACCUCUCAAGGACUCUGAUCCUCCCUCACAUCCUGAAGCACGUUCCACCCCGAGUGCUCGCCCUGCAGCCCCCGGCAAGUGGUACUCUCUUGAUGGACUCAAGGAGCUAACUCGUAUGACGUUCAAGAGCGGCCCCUCAACUCCUACUCGAGCAAUGUCGGCUGCUCGACCGUCCGGUUCCGAUGGCAGGGCCCUCUCCUCCGGGAGGACCAGCCACGAUGGCGCUGAAGUCAGCGGCACUCAGACUCCCAGGAGCUCAGGCGGUACACAGGCGCCGGCUGCCAAGGGAAAGCUGACUAUCAAGAUCAACGAGGCUCGGGGACUUAGAAAGAGCCGAGAUCCUUACGUCGUGGUCGUUUUCCAGCGCAGUGAACUCAUCUCAAGCGGCCCCAGGCACACUGAAGAAGAUGACAACCUCAGUGUCGCCACACCCGGCAUGGGUGGAAUUCCCAUCCAGCGACAGGGCAGCGAUUCUGGCCGCCCAAUGGCUAUCCCCAUGAGAAGCCGCCAGAGCAGCAACACCAGCAUCAGUGACUACAACACUUUCCGGAAUCGGUCGGCCCGGCUUUCCUUCACGAACCCCAAAUGGGAUGCUGAAGCAGAAUUCGAUGUCGUGAGCUCCGAGAUGCUAGUUGACAUUUCGGUAUAUGACCAUGCCGCCUCGGGUGAGGAGUUUCUCGGCCAUGUCGAUUUCCAAGCCAGCAGAGACCCCGAUGCAGUUGUCCAAGGAUGGUUCCAGCUCCAAGGUCAUGCCGAUACAAUGGCAGAGAAUGCACCCACUGGCGAGAUCUACGUCCAGGCCGUCUAUCACAGAGCCGAGAAGAAGCACUUUGGUCCAACCGACUUUGAUAUUCUCAAGUUGAUUGGCAAGGGCACUUUCGGCCAGGUUUAUCAAGUGCGAAAGAAGGAUACGCAACGCAUCUACGCCAUGAAGGUUCUCCAGAAGAAGGUUAUCGUGCAGAAGAAGGAAGUCGCCCACACCGUCGGAGAGCGUAACAUUCUCGUUCGAACAGCCAUGUCUGACUCGCCAUUUAUCGUCGGUCUCAAGUUCUCUUUCCAGACGCCCUCAGAACUUUACCUGGUUACCGACUACAUGUCUGGAGGAGAAUUGUUCUGGCAUCUCCAAAAGGAGGGACGAUUCGACGAGAAGCGGGCUAAAUUCUACAUUGCCGAGUUGAUCUUGGCCAUUCAACACCUCCACAACAACGACAUUGUGUAUCGGGACCUGAAGCCUGAGAACAUCCUCCUGGACGCCAACGGACACAUUGCUCUGUGCGAUUUCGGUCUAUCCAAGGCCAACCUCACCAAGAAUGACACGACCAACACAUUCUGCGGCACAACUGAGUACCUUGCGCCAGAAGUCCUCCUCGACGAGUCUGGCUAUACCAAGAUGGUGGACUUCUGGUCGCUCGGCGUCUUGGUGUUUGAGAUGUGUUGCGGCUGGAGUCCUUUCUACGCCGAAGACACGCAGCAAAUGUAUAAGAAUAUUGCUUUCGGCAAGGUGCGGUUCCCCCGAGACACCCUCUCGCAAGAGGGCCGGAACUUUGUCAAGGGACUAUUGAACCGUAACCCCAAGCACCGACUGGGCGCUACUGACGACGCGGAGGAGUUGAAGAGGCACUCCUUCUUUGGUGACAUUGACUGGACGCUGCUUUCUAAGAAACUCAUCACUCCUCCGUUCAAGCCCAAGUUGAAGUCUGAGACCGACGUGUCGUACUUUGACCCCGAGUUCACGACUGCGCUGGAUCAGAACGGAUCUCUCAACGAGCGUGCGGCGGCACUGGCCAGGGGCUACGCGGCUUCGACUCCCCUCUCUCCCUCGGUGCAAGCCAACUUCCAGGGCUUCACGUUUGUGGACGAAAGCGCGCUGGAUGAUCACAUGCGAGACCGAGCUCGAAUGGACGACGAAGAUAUGGAUGACGCUCACGGGCACCACGAUAACGACGACUGGGACAACCUGGACGACAUCGACCUCAGAAAGGCGAACCGGAUGAGCGGCAUUGUGAAGACUUCUGCUCACGAUGAGCACAUGGUGGGAGGCUCACACUUUGACGUAUAA